AAUCCAUCAGCUUUUAGCAGCAAACCAUAAGGUAGGAGGAGAAAGUGAAAUGAAUUGCACAUGCGAUGCCUAAUUGCUCUGUCUGGACAUAUUUGGCCGAGCACUUCCAAAUGCAUAUUUUCUUGAUUCAUACAACAAGCCCCUAGUAUUUCAUACAUAGGAUGAGCAGCAACACUGCGGUCAAUUCCCCUGGAUUCCUCGGCUCAAGCAACAUCAGUGGCUACAGUUAUGGCAUAGGAAUCUCCAUUGGAAUCCUGUUGCUCAUCAUAACUAUCACUCUAACUUCUUACUUCUGCACCAGAACACAUGUCUCGUUUGCUGCAGCUACCAGGAACAGAAGAUUCACUCCGAAUGUUCUUCAACCAGACCACUCUGUAGUUGAUGUCAGUUUGGAUGAAGCCACCAUUCUCAGUUAUCCAACCCUUCUAUACUCUGAAGCCAAGGCUCAGAAGCGUGAUUCCACUGCAACAUGUUGCUCCAUUUGUUUGGCAGAUUACAAGGACACUGAUAUGCUUCGCAUGCUACCUGAUUGUGGACACCAAUUCCACCUCAAAUGCAUAGAUCCAUGGUUGAGAUUGCAUCCCACUUGUCCAGUUUGUAGAACAUCUCCAAUUCCAACGCCCCUCUCAACUCCACUGGCUGAGGUAGUUCCAUUUGCUAUCAUACGAGAUUCAUAAAUAGACCUAAAUUCUCGUGUCGACCAGAGAAAUGAUAAAUUUAUAAUAUAUAAGUCAUACAAAUUUUAUUUUACACAUUAGUUUUAGCAAAAUUUGUAUUUUUUUAAUGUAUUAUUUCAUCCUAUUGUCUCGA